AUGAAUCACGCACCGUGCCCAGUGGAGGAGGAGUGGGAGAAGGAUGAGCUGUCACCCCUCCUCACGAGGGACCAUGGGGCAUGGGGCGGAAACAAACUUCUGCUUCCGCAUGUGGCGGUACGCUGUCGCCCACUGACGGCGGAGGAGUACCGCGUAUGCGCAGUGAGGGGGUGCCAGCCCCAGCCCUCCCCACCGGUGUCCGGCAGCAACGCACCGCCGCGGGUGACCUAUCCAGUGUCCUUUCAAGUCACACUGCCCAGUGAUGCCGGUGGGCACGUGAAUGGGACUGGCAUCACACUAGCACGAUAUAUGCCAGAUGGCACAUUACGCAUGCUGAAGUUUCCACGUGUCUUUGAUGCCGUCUUUUUGCCGCAAUCCGUGGAGUGUUUUGCACGGUUGCGUCAUGAAUGGGAACGCCCCAACGCGGCGGGUGCUGCAGUGCCUGAGCAGAGGAUGCCGUGCUACGAUACGUUGCUUGACAUGAGUACCGUGCCCGGGGACGAGGCCGCCUUUGCGGCACAGAUGAUUAAAAAUGUCGUGACCCAAGUCACAGGUGGGGCACCGGCAUGGGUUGACAGAAAUAAAGGUGAGGCUGGCGAUGGCGAUGAUGACAAGGCGGAGGAGGCGGCACUUAAGCGCGAGGUGGAGCAGCUUGCCUAUCUUAACAGCCUUUGCUCCUACCAUCCUGCGAUGGAAGGCAAAAGCGCCUUUGCAGGGGACUCCGUGCGGCCGCACAGGAGGCGGAAUUUCAUGCUGGAGCAGGAGGAUGUUGCGGACCAGCCGAUUGUGCCGCUGCUUACAGGCGGACGCCAUGUGACGGUGGUUGCCUUCGGCCCGCCCCAGAGCGGAAAGUCCUACACGCUAUUCGGCUCCCCGCAGUCGGCAGAUACUGCCAGCGACCGCGAGUGGGGCUGCACAGAGCUGCCGUCUUUCGCCUCUACACACACACACGGGUUGAUCUCACAUGUCCUGCGAGAACUGCUUGACUUCACCCAAAGGCGUCAAAAACAACGGAGAAAAACUGCGACGGUCGAUGCCUGGAGAAAAAAACAUGCGAGGCAAAUAAAGGACGACCAUCGAGUACAGGCGGCCUUCGUGGCGUUUCAGGACGACCCGCUCACUGGGCUCUCCCCAUCCGAUCAUGUCCCAUCAGUGUUUAUGUACGACUUGUGGAACCCCAGCUCGUUUGCUGCGCUUCGGCGCACGGUACGUCUCUUCGGCUCGACGGCAAAUCUAGGCGUCGCUGGGCAUGAAGACGGCGUCAAGGAGAAAAAUGUACGUGGUACAGCUAAUCAUAGUGGCCAUCCAGACGUUACGAAGUGCUUCCCUGCAGAUGAAGAGGGCGGGGCCUUUUCCUCGCUUCUUGUGGAGGGCGCUGUGUGGAUGGACGUGCAUGCGGAGGACACGAUGGUUGCCUAUCAGCAGCACGGUUUGGAGCACCUCACCUUACUACGUGAGAAACUCCAUGUGUUGGGGGUGCACGCUCCCCUGCACGUUGCGCUGCUACUGCGGGCUCAACUGAUCGGGCGGGAGGAGUGCAACAUAAUAUUGGACGAGAUCAUGGCAGGGAAUGAUGGGCCGCCGCCAGUGUACCAUGCCGAAGGUGUUUUUAUUGAACUUCAAUGGACGCCCGCCGUUGCGAGCGGAAGUGCGUUUCGUUCUGCUCUACAGGUACCAGAAGCCGCAGCAGCAUCUGCCUUUGACGCCGACCCACCGAACACAUUAUCGCUGUUUUUGAAGAAUGUGCGGCGAGGGCAUGCAAAACUAUUUCUGAUCCCAACUAUUCGGCCGUCUCUACUACAUGCCACUGACACAAUGAACGCAUUAAAAACGGCAGUGGCGUGUAAGUUGUUGUGUCGUCACCGGCAGCGGUUGUUCGUUCCUUGCACGCUCGAUCCUGUAGAGGCGACGCGGGGGGAGUUAGCCAAUGUAGAGACAGCAUUAUGCAAUGCGAAGACGCAUUUCAGCACCACAGCAGACGCGGAUCAACAACGAUUGCAUAUUCUCUCCUCAUUUGUUCAGCAACUCACGGUGACAGUGGCGGAGCGUCAUUCAUUGGAGCGGCAACUUGUUCUGUCAUGGCAACAUGCAGACCGCACUUCACGGGAGGCACUGGUGCGAGCAUGGGCAACGCCAAGUAAGAAACAGUGGCAUCUCUUUGCUCUAUGCGACACAAGGCGAAAGGAAUGUAGUGCUACUCUCUAUGCGGAGGAGGACGUGGGUGCGGGGCUGCGACGGCACCCGGUGUAUUUUCUUCUACUGCUUCCUCCCCCCUCCACGACUACGUGGUGUGGCCAACGCUUCACACCGCUUGCAGCAAAGCAUGGAGCCAUGUUGGAAUAUCUGCGUGAUUCAGGCCCGGCAAAGACGCUGUUUCCGCUCUUUUUUGACUUGCGCAAGAAUGAUCUGGGCGAUAGGAGCCCCGUUGAACUGUCACUUCGUAUGCGUUUUGCACCAGACACGUUAGUGUCCCCAGUAAUGCAGGAAGGGGUGGUGCAGUUGCCCUUUCCGAGUGAUGUCAUCCGCAGCGGCGAGGAGGCAGUGCGUGGGGCCGCGGUGGAGGUUUGUGUUCGGGCUGUAGGGAGUCAAUUUUUUAUUGCGGCUUAUCUUUGGCAAAGUGGUCAACUCCGGACGGAUGCUGUGCCCGCCGUCUACGUUAAUGGAGGUCCGGUUCUGUGGAGGUCACCGAAAAAGGCGAGGCCGUUUGCCACUGCUCAGCCUUCAACGCCACUUUGGGUGCCACUCACACUUGGAGCACGACUUGUCGUUGGCCCGUACGUUUUUAUUCUUUCGGUACGCGACGACACAAUGUCGUUUAAGGCGCCGUCGUCCGCAGUGGUGGUAGUCGCUGAGGCGGAGCAGCUUUUUCGUGCCAUGGUUGCGCUGCGGGAGUCUCGUUGUCGCUGUGAGGCACUUGAGUGGCACCAACAGCAGCUGGGAACGCUGUCUGGCGCACCUCCGUUGGACGAGAGAAGGGAACUGCUACAACGCCGCUGGAAGGCUGUCGAGCGCGGCGUUGUAGCGGCAUACCACCAGACCCUACAGAAGUGUGGGGUGGUGUGGCGACAUCUUAUGUGGGGGCAAACCAAAGACAAGAAGGGUGGCACGCAAAAUAAGUUGGUGCCGUCGCAUGAAGUGCUCUUCCUGUCGCAGUGGAUGUCCGCUGCACUACCUAAUAACACGUGCAACGCUCGUUUGGGGACGCUUAACCAGCAGCUAAAACUUCUACUGGCAUACGUCUCGCGGCAUGGGGCACCGAACAACGCGGGGACAAAGCGUGUACUUGCCACUGCGCCAUUCUUGAGUAGUGGGGCUUAUAGUGGGACUUCUCCUCUGGAGCGGCGGCAGGAGCAGGAGGGCGGCGAUGGUGAUGGGGCGUCGCUCAUGGCGGCACUGUAUGUGCGCUCCUGGGAAGAGAUUGCGGCGGGGCUGGCGGUAUCCACGCACGUCCCGCAACAUGCGACGAACAACGUCGUCGACCCUUUGUGGCUGCAAAUGCCAAGGCCGGUGGAUGCGGGGCUUGGUGGUGGCGGCUGCUUGUCGGCUGGCAAAGUUUUUCGGUCCCUGAAGCAUCAACCCUCCGUGGAGGAGCUCCGCCUUGAGAAUGACUCACUUGACGAGUACUUGGAGCAGCAGCUGAACGCGAAGCCGCAGGUUUGUAUGGGAGCACGAGCAACACAACGUGAAGGGACUCGACAAAAGGUGGAACUAUCCACACAGAGUGGUGCUGCACGUUUUGUUUACCCAAAUGAUGCUGAAACGCUUCAGCGUUUGUUCGGGUGUCGUGGGCGUUAUGCACGGCUGUUGCGACCAUCGGCGUCCAUGCCGUCUCUCGUGGCGGCCCUUCUUGGCUGGCCGGACGACGGUGGCGUCGGGGGAAGCCAGUCUAAGAAGAGGAAAAAGAAUGAUACGCCUGCAGAGGGCACUGCAGCUUUAAAUGCAGUACCAUCGCCGUGGCACCCGACGUUGUCAUCGUAUCUUCUGCCGCAGCCGGAGAACUUAACCGAGGCACGGGUCCUGCAACGUUUUAUCGUCCCGCACAUAGACGCGGACGCUGCAAGGAUGUCUGCCGGGGGUGUUUCACUGUGUCACCAGCGACAACUACUGCUGGAGCUUUUGAACUUUUUGGCAGAAUUGGAGAAGGCACGGUUGUGGAAAUCGGACGGCCCCACCGUGCCAUCGCACAGACUAGAGUAUAAGCAUCUUAUGCGUGGUGAAGGUCCGUCCUUCCGUAUGACGAUGCACCAAAGACAGUUGGCAGUGACUGUGAAACAAGAGAACUCUGACGCCGCCUUCAACGCGGCUUUUAAGCAAAAAUGGUGGGGCGAAGAUGCCGCCGCGCCGUGUCAAAUGAUUCAUAAUUUGUGCAGUGUGGCCCACGUGCACAGACUCAAGCACCUGAACACGGGCCUGUUUUUUGGCAAGAAAACGACAAUAUUUGUUCCCACCACAGUCGUGAUUCAUGGACACUUUUUGUACUACUACACCUUUGCAGGGCGUGAGCCGCAUCCGGAGACCAAGGCGAAGGGUGGGUGUUACCUGCUGGGGGCAACCAUCGUAGGGGUUUCAAGGUCGCUGCUGGAGAAGCGACGGGAGACGGGGCAGUCCGAUGCGAAGGAACUGCUGAUGGCAGCGUCCGCGGGAAAAGGAGUGUCAGGGAAUACCGGGAACUUUUCUUCUUGUAGUAGGGCGGUGGCGGGGGUUGAUGGCACAAGCAGUGGAAGUGAGCUGCUGUACUUCAUUGAGAUUGUCCCUUCUGUUGGGCGCGGCGUGGGAAAGAAUCACCUCUUCGACACGCGUGAGAACCACUUAAUACUCGGCUUUGGCAAUAAAGGGCAGUGGAAGCAGUGGAAAACGUGGUUGAACACGGCAUCGAUGCCUGUUCUUUCGCCUCGCCUAAAGCGUUAUUUUGGUUCUGAGCGUAUUGAGGAUGCCGCGAUUCAAAUGUACAACGACCUGCAACGCUCCCGCCUGCACCAAAAAGGGUGGAAUAUAUGGCCGUGGCGAGGUGGCGGCUACCACGCCAAAGAUGGGCCUAUACCGUUAACGCUGAUUGAACUGAAACGCGUCCUUCUUGUCACGGCAAACAUGGCGCUGCACCACACCUACACCCAAGUAACCGAUGCCGCAUUAUCAUCCCUAUCAGCAUCAUUGCCGGUAGCAGUUGCGGAAACUGUCGUUGAGGCAGAUCUGUUAGACGUGGCUAGCGUCAAUGGCAAGGAUAACACGUCGCCAAGACGCAGAAGGGAGAGAUCACCUUUUGAGGCUGCCCAAGGGUUUCCGGCCUCUUUUCUACAUCAGUGGUCUGUGCACGAACUCGCGGAGCAUGACUUGGGGCUGCAGCGUGCGGUGAUGUGCCUUUUUGAGGCUGACAGCCGCGCGUGUCAGCUGCUCCAGUCAUACUCGUUCCCUUCGUCGACAGGGGCUGCUGCGUCUGGUGGCGGUGGUGGUGGUGGUGACCAGUGUCACGCCUUACCCCACAGCCUUCUCCUUGGGGCUCUGGCGCUGCCGACGGUGGUGCUGCCGUUGUCUGACGUUCCCUUUGCGACGCAGUUGCGGACGGCAUUUGUGACCCACGUGCACUGGAGCCACAAGGAUAAAAGUGCAACACGAGCUCACAGCGCAUCCGCCGCGCAUCUGCGGUGCCGCGGCAGAUGGGGGGAGGAAAAGUCCCUUUUCAGGCGAGGUAGUGAAACGCAUAUUCUGCCAUGGCAAACGCAGAGUGAGGAGGCUGAGGUGUACGAUGGUGGUGCGGAUCCCGCUCAGGAGAGUGCCCCCAUUCCUUUUACGCCUCCGUUCCGUCAGGCCAAACUUAUCGACGUCCAUCGCCUCCACAAGGAGCGCUACACCACACAUGUGUGGUUCAUUGAUCACUUUAAGAGCACCAUUGAGUGUGCCACAAGUGCACCCGCGGAGGAGGACCCCCACCUGCGUCGCCGUGGUUACAUCCGCUCUGCCAUGUACCAAAGCUACGAGCUGCUGCACGUGGCCCGCUCCGACGCCUGCCCGGGAAAAACUAAGGCGCAUGAGCGGAAAAGCAAGCAUAGCGCCGUGACUUUGGUGUCACGGCCCGUGUACGGGGUCACCAUUGUCUUCUAUCGCACUCAGUGCAUUGUCUAUAACGAUUACUUUGUGGAUAUGCGAGAGCGGGAGCGCUUUAUGGAGUGUGUCGCUGCAUUGCGACCGACGGUGCGUGUUUUUGCACCCGCCCUUACGGCGGUUGUCGUGUCGAAGGAGGAUGUGGAAGACUCCACGUUGAAGGCGUCAUCUCCCAAGCCGCACGGUGUACGGCGACCGUCGUGCCUUGAAGAGGUCAGCCUGCGUGCGGUGAUGCCAACAUCCUCGCCUGCUUCAGCUGCACUCUUUUGGUCGGCGGUUCUGCAGCAUCUGCACGAGGACGGCGUCAUGACGUCAACGACGGGGACGCGGCAGCACCAGCAAUGGCUUCAGCGUCAAAGCAACUCCCAUGGGGUAUCGUGGAAUGUGAUGGUUGACGCCCGCCUUGCAAACAGUAGCGAGUACAUGGCGAAGCGGGUGCAAGGCCUUUCCCCGUUUGCCUCAGGCGAGGCUGUGAAGGCGGGGGAAGAAAGGAAGACAACGACAAGGCGGCUGCAAGACUACCAGGCCGCGCUCCCGUGCACGCCUGCCAGUGGAUUGCACCAGGAAGCGAAGGAGGGAACGGAGAGGUUUACGGUGAGGCUUGAGGGUGUCUGUGGACUCCACCUCAGUGGAGAGGCAACUGUGCCGCUCACCGUAUGGACGGGUACAAUCAACCUCGACGGGAUGCCCAUGGAGAAUCCAGCGUCGUUGCGUGAGUGGCUUGACACGCUGGCUCCUCACUGGUCCAUGGACCACGCGUCGGGCGGAGAGAAGACGACUGUGCACCACGUGAAGGAAGAAGGGGUGGAUGACAAUGGGAAUGAGAAGAGUUUGCGGGGGAGCGGGGCAGAGAGACUUGGACGGAAAGGCCGACAUCAGUGUGGGGAAACGUCCGCGUCGACGCGGGCCAAUGUGGAACAUGGACGAGACGGGGCCUGUCCACAACCGGACAAAAAAAAACUGCCGUCAAGGAUGUUGUUUGACAUCGUGGCACUCACCGCACAAGAGGUGUCGUUUUACCCCACACCCGAUAACUAUAUCGCCUAUGCGCAGGAGUGGUUUGAGCAGCAGAGUUACGUUCCCAUCGCCGUUGCCUCGUUAAAUACGGCCGUGGUGCUGCUUGUUUUUGCACGACGACAUGUCGCAUGUCUCUGUGGGGCAGUCCGCACGAGGCUGAUUCCACUCACGUUUACUGCGUUAAACGGUAAACAUGGGGCGGUGCUGGUGUCUGUAGAGGUGGGGCAAUCCCCUGUCUGCUUUCUUGCGGUGCAUUUCCCUGCAAUGGCGUCUCACACAACUCUCUCGCCUCUUGUGUUGGCGACGUACUGUGCGUUUAUUGAGGAGGUGCUCACUCUCAUCCCCGGCGGCGCGCACGGAAGCCUGCUGCAGUUGGCGUCCAUCAGCAACGCAGGUGCGGACCACAGCGGCAAGACGACGGCGAAUGGCGGGGCAGAAGCUGAGGGGCCUGUUCAGGAACUUCGCACGCUGCGUCGACAAACUUCCACGGUGGAUGGGCUGGAGUUCUACGACCAUGUCUUUUUGAUGGGUCACUGGGGCACGCCGCUGCUCCUCGAUUCACUACAGCCUGAGCCACGGAGAGCAGCGGCGGCGCCAUCUGUGGGCAUGGGUGCGAGAAGAACGGAGGAAGGAACUUCCUGCGGUGGUUCAUCGUCAUUUCUUGUGGAAUUUUUCAAGCGUAUGCGAUGUGCUCUUGCCGAGGAAGGAGGCAAGAAACACAAGGGAAAUGGCAUCGUGGGGAAGGCCCCGGGAAAGCAGAAGGAAAGUCAUGAACGUCUCUCCCGUGGGUCUCUGCCUGUUAUCCACGAGUUGAUGCGAGGACAUGAUGUUUUGACGGCACUACGCGCGAACGCUUUGCUGCUCUCGCGGGGAUGCGGUGUGUUGGAGCCCUUGCCACUAUUUACCCCCUCCUUCAGCGUGGAACCGGGGACAAUGCGGUACACCCUACAGUUUCUUUCCAACGCGGCUGAGGCUGAAGCGGCGGACAAAGACAGAAAAGGCAAGCACCUUAACGAAACAAAAAAAGCCGUGGUGGCCGAUGGGGUAUUUCUGGCGUACCCGUCACGGGUUUUAUACAAGCAGCGGCCCAACAGGCGUCUGCACCAUUGGCAGGUGACGCCGCGGGCAUACGGCAGUGUUCCGCUCUUGUUCCCGGGGUUCCCACGAGUUGUCAAGUUGCGUGAGGCAUACGCACACAUGGCGCCGCGCUGCCCCCAGCAGGCGGUGAAACUGCCCAGAAAACGCGAGUGUAACGCAUUGAAGCAGGUCGAGAAUAUUCUGCUCUCCGCGUAUUUGCCGGUUUCCGCCGUGUUCUCGCUGCAUGUGUUACGACCCUCACUUGGGGGCGUGUUGUGGGGGCGCGAGGCAGCAGCGCAACCGGGGAAAACACAGAGUUGGUGGCUGCGUCUGCGUCGCCUGGCGAUGCAGUUGCCUGAGCACUGCGACACCGCCACCCCACCCACGCGGGAGGGUCGCCACCUCGCUAUUGUUGUGCAGUUUGUGCCCUUUCUCGCUUCUCCAAUCGUCAUUAUCGCACGUGAACGGGCGCCCGUGGACGGUGUCACUGCGGUUUUGCUUUAUCGUCAAACAAAGUCAUGCAUGCAUCCAGUGAAGGCAACGCCGCAGUCCGCGCCAAGGUGUAUCAUCGGCGACUACGCCGUGGAGCCACCGUUGCCGUUAACAUCGUCGCCACCAUCACCGUGCCCCUCGUCAUACCCAAACGCCGCGGUGGGAGCCGCGCUCAAACCAUUGGCGGGCGAAGCAGCAGGUGCAGUUGCCGAGAUUGAGUUGCUGCCACACCACGCCGUGGUUCUCGCCCAUGCCAGGAUGCUUAUCUCUAUCUUUGACUGCAGCGCCAGCGUGGAGAAAGGCGACAAGGGUGAGGCGCAUCUUGUUGGGUCUGCAACGCUGCCGAUUAUUGACAUCAUACUUGCCUCAGUGGAGCAGUGCGACAGCCGUCACUCUAGCGGUGUCACGCAACGAAUGAAGGGUGGAACGACUGUGGUGCAAAACGUUGAGUUGCCGCCACUAGAGUUGCCGUUGCAUCGCUGUGGCCAGCGUGUAGGCACGUUGUGCAUUGCAUGUUCACCGCUCAUGUGCAUCGCCAACGUUCCCGUCGAGGGGGAUUUGUUGUAA